GUCUACAGUCGUAGUUGAUUACACUGUCACCGUACACGAUCUUCUAAAUCUAAUGUAAUGGACAAUAAUCGGACGACACCUGCCUUGCUGGCUCAAAGCUCCUCGGUAAACGUAUUUCACGACGAAUCGCUCUUACCACAGCGAAAUGUAAAGACAAGUGAAAAUGUUCCACCGACGUGUGCAGAGAAAACGUUGUUUGUGCUGUCCAUGAUUCUGAUAGUCAUUUGCCUGCCGUGGUCGCUCUUCUGCUGCCUUAGGGUCAUGUCGGAGUAUGAGCGAGCCGUAAUCCUGCGCCUGGGCCGACUGCGUCCUAAGCCUCCGAGGGGGCCAGGCCUCAUCUUUCUCGUGCCCUGCAUUGAUGACCUCGCUGUUGUGGACAUACGCACCAGGUCGUUUGACCUGCAUAGACAGGAAAUCCUCACUCGCGACAUGGUGACGAUCAGCAUCGACGGAGUGGUGUACUACAGCAUCAAGAGCCCCUUUGACGCUAUGCUGCAGGUAUACGAUCCUGAGGAGGCAACCGAAAAGCUAGCAAUGACCACGCUGCGAAACGUGGCCGGCACACACAAGCUAAUGGAUUUGCUCUCGUCCAAAGAGUACCUCUCCAACCAAAUAGAGGGCAUAUUGUACAGCUCCACAGAGCCCUGGGGCAUACGCGUGGAACGGGUCGAGAUCAAGGAGAUCUUCAUGCCCGAUCAACUAAAGCGAGCUCUGGCUGUGGAACAGGAGGCAAUGCGGGAGGCCAAGGCCAAGGUGGCCGCGGCGCAUGGAGAGCGAGAUGCGGUAUAUGCGCUGAAAGAGGCUGCCGACAUAAUGGAGACAAACCCCAUUGCCCUGCAGCUGCGGUACCUGCAAACACUGAACUCCAUCUGUAAUGAUGACACCAGGUCCUACGUCUUUCCUUUUCCUGUAGACAUUGUAAGGAAAUUGAUGAAGUAGGGUUGAAUUCUCAAAAUACGUUCCGUUUUUAUGUAGGUCCCAUAAAAAAAAAAGAUCUUUUACAUAUUAUA